UUAUUAGUGGUAUUAGAUGAAAAUACUUCCAAUGCUCCAAGAAUCUUCAUUUAAAAACCAGUUCAAAUUACCAUUUGAUAUUAAAUUGUGGAGAAUUUGGAGGCACAGUAUAACCUGAUAACAGUGAUAACUAAGGAGGGGGGGGAUAGAACCUCUUCUAAACUUUUUUCACUUAUCACAUGGACAGGUAAAAAACAAAAAACAAAACAAGAUUCCACUUCAAAUUACCACUUAGGAAAUUGAUUCAUUAAAUAGUUUGAAGAAGUAAUCAAUAUAGUAAGGUAUGGGAGAUAAUUAAUUGCUAAUUCAUGCUUCUGCAACAAACUAUAAAGCUAUUAAGAUUUAAACUCACGCUAAAUUGACAUUAACAAGAUUAAUAUUACUUUAUGGAUUUUAGUGACAGGGUGCCCCAGGAAUGAUUCAUCUCACGUUAUAGCUGUAACUAUUUCAUCGUUACAUUACAUCAGAUCAAUCAACUAAAGGUGAUUUACUGAAACACCUGGACCAAUAUCUGGAUAGGCAGUUAGUUUUGAAGCAAUCAUAAUAGGUUACCACCGAGUACGAUUGACAAAUUGGAGAUAACAUCCAAAAAUGUAAGUACCUCCAAAAGACACUCAAAUAAUAAUAAUACACACAAAGAAAAGAAUCAAUUAUACAAACAAAGCUAUUACGUUUUAUCUGACUUUUAAUGCUACAACUAACCAAAAAUAACCUUGAUAUCAGUAAUAAAUUGUUAUUGAUUGCUAUCUCAUUGUUAGUUGCUAGUUCAAUAACAAUUUCAAACCAGCAGAACAGUGAGGUUUUGUGAUGCAUCUCACACUUAAUGAUAACAGUUCUGUGUCUACUGUUCCCUCUGUUGACAUCCGGAUAUGGUCCGGAAGACCCAAGGUCUAGUCCCGACCAUGUGGACCCAUGGGACCUCAAGACAAAUCAUGAUCUCCACAUCCUGGACAAAGCUCUUCGGCUGGCACAGAAUGACAUAAGAUACUUCCAGAAUGAAAAAGAACCCUGGGAGAAACCUGACCCAGGGGAAGAUCAUGUCCUAGGGUUCAACUACUCAGAGUGGAAGAAGACAUACAUUCCUCCUCCAGAAGGCCUUGGGGACAAACAGACAAUUGAACUCAUGAAGAAAUCCAUUGUUCCAGAUUUUGACAUUUCCAAGAUCAAACUGAAGACUGACAAGAAAAACAAUGCUAGCGUUAUAUUUGGAGUGGCUAUGAAACCUGGUCCUGAAAACAAGGUUUUUGGCUAUAGCUCUAAGCGUCUGCAUGUACAAAUCCAUGCUCCCAGUUACCAAGGUGCGGCAGACAAUGAACUAGCAAGGUAUUUGUCCAAGAUCCUUGCGAUUCCUCGGAAACUCAUCAAAAUCAAACAGGGAGCUGGCCAGAACAUUCGUAAAGUUCGUAUACCUAAAGCAGCAGUCCAAGAAAAGGUCUACAUACGAAAACUUAUCAAAGAAUUUGAUCUUGAAAUGGUUACUGAAAAGACUUUUGAUGCUUAAUUCAUAUGCCAAUAAACACUUUUUCUAAUA